GUUUAAUUUGUCUUUGAAUUUGAAUUGAAGCAAAAAUGGCCUUACAACUUUUUCUUCUACCUGCUGCUCUUAUUUUGAUUUAUUAUUAUGUUCUUCUUCCUACUUGCAAACGUAUUGGGAAGGCACAAACUUCUCUACCAGGACCUCCAGGCCUUCCAAUCAUUGGCAACUUGCAUCAAUUUGAUAGUGCAGCGCCCCAGGUCUUCCUGUGGAAACUUUCAAAGAAAUAUGGUCCCCUGAUGGGCAUGAAACUCGGUUCCAGAGAAGUUCUUGUGAUUUCCUCAGCGAGAAUGGCGAAAGAGGUCUUAAAGACACACGACUUGGCGUUUUGUAGUAGACCAUCACUUAUAGGCCGGCAGAGGUUAUCCUACGACGGCCUGGAAAUUGCGUUUACGCCAUAUGGAGACUAUUGGAGAGAGAUAAGAAAGAUUUCUGUUCUUCAUCUCUUUAGUCUCAAGAGAGUGAAGCACUUUCAACCAAUCCGGGAAGAUGAAGUCUCUCGGAUGAUGAAUCGCAUAUCUGAGCUUGCCUUCUCGUCUCAGCUAGUAAAUCUAAGCGAGAUAGCCAUGUCUCUAACUUGCAACAUAAUUUGUAGGUCUGCUUUUGGGAAGGGUUAUGAUGAGGAAAGACCAGGAAAGUGGGGGUUUCACAAACUUCUGGCUGAAUCUCAGGCAAUGAUGAUGGCUGGCUCCUCAAUUGCAGAUUUUUUGCCAUAUUUUGGUUGGUUAGAUAAACUCAUUGGAAACUCUGCAAGACUUGAGAGGGUCUUCAAGGAGCAGGAUUCGUUUUAUCAAGAACUCAUUGAUCAACAUCUUGAUCCAAACAGGCCAAAAUCAAUGGAUGGUGAUAUACUUGAUGUUUUAAUCAGUUUGAAGACGGAGAAUUCCUCUGCAGUCAAGCUCACUUGGGAUCACAUUAAAGCGAUAUUAAUGAUUGUUUUUGUUGCCGGGUCGGACACAAGUGCAGCUCUAGUAGUCUGGGCCAUGACGGCUCUAAUGAAAGAGCCUAGGAUAAUGAAUAUAGUGCAAUUAGAAAUCAGGAAUCGUGUAGGAAAGAAAGGUAGAAUAGAUGAAGAAGACAUUCAAGAAUUACCAUAUUUUAAGGCAAUUGUAAAAGAAACCAUGAGGUUAUAUCCACCUGUUCCACUCCUAGUUGAGCGAGAAACGCUAUCAAAAUGCACCAUUGAUGGAUAUGAAAUUAAGCCAAAAAUGCUAGUAUUUGUGAACGGUUGGGCCAUUGCUAGGGAUCCUGAGUGUUGGGAAAACCCUCACGAAUUCUAUCCUGAAAGAAUUCUUGAUAACAAGAUUGACUAUAAAGGACAAGAUUUUGAAUUCAUUCCGUUUGGAGCUGGCAGGAGAAUUUGCCCUGGAAUGACACUUGGGGUCGCAUCAGCGGAGCUUGCACUCGCUAAUCUUCUUUAUGCGUUUGAUUGGGAACUUCCUUCUUGGCUGAAGAAAGAAGACAUUGACACCAAUGUUUUGCCCGGAAUUACAAUGCAUAAGAAGAUCCCUUUGUGCCUUGUUGCCAAAAAGGUGUGAUUUGUGAUCAACUGUGGGUUGUCAAAUUAAAAUAUCCUAGUUACUUUUGUAUGUCGCUUAUCCAUGCUUUGAUAUGCUACGUUCUUGAAGUUUCGAGAUAGUAUGAAGCUUAUGUAAUACUAGGCAAUAAUAUUUAUUUUCUGCAGUUUCUCUCCA